AUGUCGUGGUUUCAGAAGACAAUAACUCUGCCAUCAAAGCGUCGAGGGUGUCAUCUGAUAACCCAUGAAAUAGAGAGACAAAUACCUGAGCUGAGGGAAUACAAAAUUGGCAUGGCCAACGUUUUCUUAAAACACACCUCUGCAUCUCUCUGUUUGAACGAAAAUGCGGAUCCGGAUGUACGUGUUGAUAUGGAAAUGGGUCUGAAUAACAUUGUACCCGAAACGCUUCCCUACGUACAUGACGCGGAAGGAUCUGAUGAUAUGCCUGCGCAUCUCAAAUGUGCCAUAAUCGGAACAUCGCUCAAUAUUCCAGUUACAUCCGGCAGACUCAAUUUGGGUACAUGGCAGGGAAUAUACCUGUGUGAACACAGAAAUCACGCAUCAGCAAGAACUGUCGUUGUUACUAUCCAAGGUCAAAAAAAGUAG